AUGCUAUUCAGCGAAUCAACUUUGCUAGUCACUUCGAGGCUCUGCUUCAAGUCCACUCUUGCAAGCAGGUCUCUCAGACCCUCCCACAAUCUUUCAGCCAGAUUUCAAUCAACAACAAGACCCAGGUAUCCAGACCUACAACCAAAUGACUUGUUGCCUGAUGGAACUCCAGACUAUGUCAGACUAAUUCUAACAUCAAGGGUCUACGACGUUAUCGACGAAUCUCCCAUAACAAAUGCAGUUUCUUUAUCGGCCAAGACAAACGCCAAAGUGGUCUUGAAGAGAGAGGACCUUCUUCCUGUUUUCUCUUUCAAGUUGAGAGGUGCUUACAACAUGAUUGCAAAUUUGCCAGCUGAGAAGAGAUCAAAGGGGGUCAUUGCUUGUUCUGCUGGGAAUCAUGCUCAAGGUGUUGCAUUUUCCAGUAAACACCUCAAAAUCCCCUCUAUUAUUGUUAUGCCUACUGCGACUCCCUCCAUCAAAUAUGAAAAUGUCAGUAGGUUGGGUUCCCAAGUGGUUCUCUUUGGCGACGACUUUGAUGGUGCUAAAUCUGAAUGCACAAGAUUAACCAAAGAAAGAAACUUGACCAAUAUUCCUCCUUUUGAUCAUCCAUUGGUCAUUGCUGGCCAAGGCACUAUUGCCAUGGAAUUGUUGAGACAAAUAAAGUCUGGUGCUCUUUCUGCUGUUUUUUGUGCAGUUGGAGGUGGUGGUCUAGCCGCCGGUAUUUCUUCUUAUUUAAAGAGAAUUGCUCCUCAUGUCAAAAUUAUCGGUGUAGAGACCUUUGAUGCUGAUGCAUUAUAUCAAUCCAAAAAGGCUGAUAAAAAGGUUUUACUCAGCUCCGUUGGCUCAUUUGCUGAUGGUACAGCUGUUAAAGAAAUUGGUGAUGAAACCUUUCGUGUUUGUUUAGACAACAUCGAUGAAGUCGUUCGUGUUAAUACUGAUGAAAUUUGUGCCGCCAUUAAGGAUGUCUUUGAAGACACUAGAUCUGUUGUUGAACCUUCGGGUGCAAUGACUGUUGCUGGUUUGAAGCGUUACAUUGCUGAACACCCUGAAAUCGACCAUUCUACCAAGACUUAUGUUCCAAUUUUAUCUGGUGCAAAUAUGAAUUUCGAUAGACUAAGAUUUGUUAGUGAAAGAGCUGUGCUAGGUGAAGGUAAAGAAGUCUUUAUGCUUGUCACCAUUCCAGAUAUUCCAGGUUCAUUUCAAAAGUUACAGUCUGUUAUUCACCCAAGAUCUGUUACCGAAUUUUCUUACCGUUAUAACGAUAGAUCAGCAUCUAAUGCGACUCCAGAUAAACCAAGUGACGCAUGCAUUUAUACCUCAUUCAGUGUUAACAAUAGAGGAAAGGAAGUUGCUGAAGUUUUGGAAGGAUUGGAUAAGAUUGGAUUUUCUGCAAUCGAUAUAUCUGAUAACGAAAUUGCUAAAUCCCAUGGAAGAUAUUUAGUUGGAGGAACUGCUCAUAUUGAAGAUGAAAGAUUAUUAAGUUUUGAGUUUCCUGAAAAACCAGGCGCAUUAACUAAAUUUUUAGAAAAUUUAAAAGGUCAAUUUAAUUUAACAUUAUUUCAUUAUAGAAACCAUGGUUCAGAUAUGGCCCAAAUUUUAACUGGUAUAGUUAUUCCUAAAAAAGACGAUGCCAAAUUUCAACAAUUUUUGGAUACACUUAAUUAUAAAUAUACAGAUGUUACAGACAAUAUUAUUGCUCAAAAGUUUUUAAGAGCUUAA